ACAGCGCGUUAAAGUGUUAGCACACUCGAGCCGAGCCGAAGCGUGCACCAAGCCGUAUAGAAAUUCAAACAAAACAUUAAAAAUUUAAUUAAAUUUGCAAGAAAAUUUAGCACGGACUUUGAAUACUUUGUAUUGAUAGUAGUUCAAGAAUUUUCAGAAAAACAAGUGCGAAGAAAUUAAAAAAAAAAAAAUAUAUAUAUAUAUAUAUAUAAAUAUCACUUCCACUUUUAAUCAAUUGCUACAAAAUAAUGAAUGUUAAAUUGCUCGUGAUUUGUCUGGGUGUGUUAAUGUUGAGCUGUCAAGUGUGUGAUGGCCGACGUGGACGUGGCCGAGGACGCACCAAAUCGAGAGUACAAAUUGGUUUACCCAUAACAGGCAAAUAUCGUGAUCCUGAAUCGGAUCAGUAUUACAAUAAUAACAAUGGCGCUAAAAUUCUACAAGCCUCACAUUUCGAUUAUGAAUACGUUUUGGGUCAUAAAAUCGCUUUUCUUUGUGUGGCUAAAGGUAAUCCGCGUCCACAGAUCACUUGGUAUAAGGAUGGUACGGAGAUUUUUCAACAUCUCUACAUGCAUGUGCACGAGUGGCGCAUUGGCGAUGAUAGAGUGAAAUCGAAAAUCGAAAUCGAUCCAGCCACACAAAUGGAUGCCGGGCUCUAUGAAUGCACCGCCGAUAAUAUGUACUCGAUAGAUCGGCGCAGCUUUAAGACAGAUUUCUCGAUUGCUUUCGAUUAAGUUAGGAGUAUUUACAUUUUUAUAAGCCUAUACAAUUUUUCAUACUCAGUUAUGUAGCAUAUUUAAGAAAAAUAAGAGUACUAAAAUAAAAUAUCAAAUCGAGGGCUGAUAUUCA